CGUGUGUGUGAGCGAGUGAGGCGUGCGUUUGAUGGAGCGAAGGCUGCUGAGCUUUACUUGAUCACCGCGGCUCUUUCGCUCCGGCCAGUCAGUCAGUGCUGAGGAGACUCUCACUCGGCCAACACCGACCCAUACCCAUUGGACCGAACACCGUCGCCGACACCAUGGGCAACUUCUUCCGCAGCGAAGAGAUGGUCCUGUGCCAGCUCUUUCUGCAGCCAGAGGCCGCCUACACCUCCAUCGCCCAGCUCGGCGAAAUGGGGGUCGUCCAGCUCAGAGACCUGAAUGGGGACGUGAGCAGCUUCCAGAGGAAAUUCGUAGCCGAGGUGCGAAGGCACGAUGAGCUCGAGAGGAAGUUGCGCUACAUCCACGCGGAAAUGAUCAAAGACGGGUUCAGCGUGCCCGAAGCCCCCACCGAGACAAAGGUGCCCAACCCAAGAGAGUCAACUGAUCUUGAGGCUCAUUUGGAGAAAACCGAGUCGGAGUUGAUGGAAGUUAGUCAGAACGCGGUGAACUUAAAGAACAAUUUUCUGGAGUUGACGGAGCUGCGGCACGUGCUGGAGAAGACGAAAGGCUUCUUUGACGAGCAAGAGAGCAGCGCUCUGGGCGAAUCGGGAAAAUCACUGAUUGGCGAGGAGGGCGGCCAACCGUCAAAUAGAGCUCGACUGGGCUUUGUAGCCGGAGUGAUUGAAAGGGAGCGAGUACCAGCCUUUGAAAGGAUGCUGUGGCGCAUUUCUAGGGGAAACGUUUUCCUCAGGCAAGCAGAACUUCCCGAGCCCCUGGAAGACCCAAACACAGGUCACCAAAUUUACAAGACGGUGUUCGUGGCGUUUUUCCAAGGCGAUCAGCUCAAGUCACGCGUUCGCAAGGUGUGCGCCGGAUUCCACGCCUCGAUUUACCCCUGCCCGCACCAGCCCGAGGAAAGGGCGGCCACCUUGGAGGGAGUGCGCACCAGGUUGGCGGACCUCACCAUGGUCCUGAAUCAAACGCAGGACCACAGGUUGAGGGUGUUGACAAGCGCGGCUAAAGACCUGCACAUGUGGACGGUGAUGGUUCGCAAAAUCAAAGCAAUCUACCACUCGUUGAACAUGUUCAACAUGGACGUGACCCAGAAGUGCCUGAUCGGCGAGUGCUGGGUGCCCAUGCUUGACCUCCAAAGGGUUCGCCAGGCCCUGGCUGACGGCAGCAGAGAGGUGGGCAGCUCGAUCCCCUCGUUUCUGCAGGUGAUUGAUACGGACGAGGUGCCUCCCACGUACAACCGGACCAACAAAUUCACCAAAGCUUUCCAGAAAUUGAUCGAUUCCUACGGAGUUGCGACCUAUCGCGAAGUCAAUCCUGCCCUGUACACGAUUGUGACCUUUCCGUUCCUGUUUGCUGUGAUGUUUGGCGACGUCGGCCACGGAAUAAUUGUUGCACUUUUCGGACUGUGGAUGGUGCUCAAAGAGACAAGUCUGAUGAAAAUCAAAACCAGCAGUGAAUUCUGGAAUAUCCUGUUUGGCGGCCGUUACAUUAUUCUGAUGAUGGGAGUUUUCUCAAUCUACACCGGCUUCAUUUACAACGACUUUCUCUCCAGAGGAAUGAACAUCCUCGGAUCGAGAUGGGUUAAUCCCUACAAUGAGUCGACACUGCAAGAUAACGAAAAUCUUGAGCUGAACCCUUAUGAGGCGUACCAAGACACUCCCUAUCCGUUUGGAAUCGAUCCUAUUUGGAUGUUGGCAGAGAACAAAAUCAUCUUCCUCAAUUCGUACAAGAUGAAGAUGUCCAUCAUCUUUGGCGUGGUGCACAUGAUUUUCGGUGUGUGCCUCAGUGUCGUGAAUCACAGAUAUUACAACAACAAAAUGUACAUUCUGCUUGAGUUCGUGCCGCAGCUUCUGUUUUUGGUGCUGCUGUUUGCAUACAUGGCCUUCAUGAUGAUCAUCAAGUGGUGGCUGUAUGGGCCGUUUGAUGUGCAAAAAUGGACGCCGGGGUGCGCGCCCUCCAUUCUCAUCACUUUUAUCAACAUGAUGCUCCAGUCAAAACUUGAUCCUCUACCCGGCUGCGAGUCAGUUUUCAUGUUCCCAUAUCAGUACGAAAUUCAAUUGGGAUUCCUAUUAACCGCCCUGGCAUGCGUGCCUUUGAUGCUUUUUGGCAAACCGAUCUAUCUGUCGAUCAAAAACUCCCGGACGAAGAAGAGAGCGUCUUUGAGUGGUCACGAGAACCCGCAAGGCAUCGAACUGACCGAGGAGAUCGGAUUGAACUUGAAGAAGAAGACCGCGGCCUCGGGCGGUCACGGCGACCAUGGGGACGAAGAAGAGUUCUCCUUUGGCGAGGAGAUGGUCCACCAAAGUAUUCACACUAUAGAGUAUGUGCUGUCAACCGUGUCCCACACGGCCUCAUACCUUCGCCUUUGGGCUCUCUCUUUGGCCCACUCUCAAUUAUCUGAGGUGCUUUGGACCAAAGUUUUGAAAAUCGGCUUCACCUUUAAAGGUUACCCUGGAGCCAUUGCCAUAUUCUUAAUAUUUGCAGCAUGGGCAGGCAUGACCAUUGCCAUUUUGGUGCUAAUGGAAGGCUUGUCCGCCUUUUUGCACACUUUGCGUUUGCACUGGGUCGAGUUUAUGAGCAAGUUCUAUCAAGGCGAGGGCUACGCGUUCGCGCCAUUCUCCUUCAAGAAAAUCCUCAAGCAGGAUAGCACCGAGGAAGAAGGCUAAAAAAAUGCUUGCGAAUUAAAUAGGGACGUGCCAGUACUUUUGAUGGUUAAUUUUCUGUUUUUAUUUAUUACAUAACUUUUUAUAUACUUUUUGAGUAAUUUUUAUAUAGUCAACUGCCUUGCCAUUUUGAAGAGCUUGAAACGCUUUUUUUACUGCGGACCAACUGUAUUAUAUCGCAAUAAAUAAAUAAAAACAUUGUGAUUUUUUUUUUAAAUUU